UUCCAGGGGAUUUUCCCUCUCUGCCGACCAGGGAGUCUGCAGCGGGGCGAGGCGGAGCUGGGAGGGGCCGUGGCCUCGGAGCCGGCACCAGUAUAAGAGCCGGUGCGCCCCGCAGACACCAGCGCCUGACCCACCGUGCGUCCAUCCGCGGGCAGCCAUGAGCAAGGACCGGUCCAGCAAGCAGGUGCCAGAGGGAUCCAGAGCGCAGUCUCCAUCCAAAGGCCGCAAGUCCCCCAGGAUGCCCAAAUGCUCCCGCUGCAGGAACCACGGCUUUUUCUCCCCUCUGAAGGGACACAAGCGCUUCUGCAACUGGAGGGACUGCCAGUGUCCCAAAUGCAAGCUGAUAGCCGAGAGGCAGCGCGUCAUGGCGGCGCAGGUUGCUUUGAGGAGGCAGCAGGCCCAGGAGGAGGAACUAGGCAUCAGUACUCCUGUGACUUUGUCCGGUCCUGACGUGAUGGUGAAAAACGAAGCUGCCGCUGAUUGCCUCUUCUCUAUGGAGGGCCGAUCCAACACCCCCACCAACAACGGGCCCUCGUCUCUCUCUCUGUCAGGAAGCCGCUCCUCGUCAUCUUCCAGCCCCUCAGCUGCUGUUCGGCCUCAUAGUGAGGGAGCGUCUGACCUCCUUCUGGAAACCUCCUAUUAUAAUUUCUACCAGCCGCCGCGCUUCCCCACCUACUAUGGCAAUCUGUACAACUACCAACAGUGCCAGCAGAUGCCACAUGGGGACGGCCGCCUCCCUGGUCACGGCAUGUCCUCUCAGUACCGGAUGCAUUCCUACUACCCUGGAGCCACCUACCUGACCCCGGGUCUGGGUUCCACCGCCUGCGUGCCGCCCUUCGUCAGCCUGGAUGAGAACAACGGCUGCUCUGAGGCCAUGGCAGUCUCCUUUUCUCCCACCGGUUACGACUCCACCAUAACCUGCCGCUCCAUCAGCUCUCUGGUCACGUCUGACGACAAGGCAGAGUGCGAGGCCGGCGGCCAGACGGCCAGCUUCACCGUCGACUCCAUCAGCGGUGACACCAGCAACUGAAGGAGAGGAGAGGAGGAGUCUGGUCAGAUUGUGGUCUGCUGGUGGAACGGCUCUGUUGUUCAUGCAGCUUUCUGUUCAGGUUUUAGCUUCAACAUCAUUUCUGUUCUGUUCCUACAAGUUCUGACGUUUAGCUCAUUCUUACUGUUCAUCCUGAUGGGACUUUAGUAGAUAUUGUUUGCAAAGACAAUCUAAAAAAUGACUUAAUUUUUCUCCGAUGGUCGUCAGUGGAAAAAAAUUCAAGACUGAGUUAGAUUACUGAAAAAAGAAAGUAUAAAUGUACAGAAAAUACAGCGCUCUCUUAAGUUUACACAUCAUUAUGCUUUGAUAAAUUACUUCAAAGCUUUUUUCACCGUAAUGUUAAUAUCGGUACAAACAAUUUAGAAAAACAACACACUGCAAUAACUGACAUAAAUGAGCAAACAGUUAUCCUGACUGAAUAAAUUGAAUAAAGUUUAGGUUACAAAUAUAUGACACAGCUUCAUACAUACAUGUGUGUGUGUGUGUGUGUAUGUAUGUAUGUAUGUAUGUAUAUAUAUAUAUAUAUAUAUAUAUAUAUAUAUAUAUAUAUAUAUAUAUAUAUAUAUAUAUAUAUAUAUAUAUAUAUACCUCACACAGGGAAGGUCUGCCAUCCCUGAUUAGAGAAAAUAAGGAGCAAUUAGAAUAAUUAUUCAAGAAUAAAUACAUUUAAUGUAGUUCAAAAUGUAUUUCAUAUUUCAACAUCACAAUGAGUCUAAUUCCAUAUUAAGACCAAAAGAAUCAAUUAAUAAAAGUGUUUUAAUGGCCUAGCCAAAGCCCAUCUGAGGGAUUUGUAGAACUUUUGCAG